AUGGCCAUCCAUCUGAGGAAUGGCAAGACGUAUGAAGGCCCAUCUCUGUCUGAGACCACGAAGGACGCUAUUCUUGAGCCUAAGGCUGCCGUGGCAGAGAAACUGAAGGGCAAGAUAACUGAACAAAGAGACAUUGGAGGCACUUCUGGAGUGAAGGUGCCCUUAUCUGAAGCACUGAAGCAGAAGACAAAGAAGGAUGAGCAGUUUGCUCGAUUCCUAGAUAUAUUCAGGAAGGUGCACGUGAACAUCCCACUGAUUGAGGCACUACAAGCAGAUGCCGAAGUAUGGGAAGUUUCUGAAGGAGGUGAUAGCCCAGAAGACCAUGCUCUGCUGCAAAGGAAACUGCCUGCCAAGCUGAAGGAUCCUGGAAGUUUCACUGUCGACUGCCUCAUUGGGGGCUAUAAGGUGGAGAAUGCUCUCUGCGAUCUAGGCGCGAGCAUUAAUCUAAUGCCACUAUCGGUGUUCAAGCAAAUGAACAUUGGUACUUUGAAGCCCACCUCAGCCACACUACAGAUGGCAGACAGAUCUGUCGUGUAUCCAAAGGGCAUCGUGGAAGACCUACUGAUUAAGGUCGGGGAAUUUAUUUUUCCCAUCGACUUUAUGGUCUUGGACAUGGAAGAAGACAAGGGAGUCCCCCUACUGCUAGGACGUCCCUUCCUUGCCACUGCUGAGGCAAAUAUAAACGUGAAAAAGGGAGAGUUGACAAUCUUCAUGGGAGAAGAAAGUCAAACGUUUUCCCAAAAACCGAGAAGCAUGGAUGGAAGAACUGAGGAGUGCAAGGUGGUGCGUCUGAAGCACCAAGUGACUACUGAAGAAGGAGGAUCGAGUGCAGUCAGAAAAGUGAAGCAGAAGGACUUUUAUGAGCUUCACAUGGAGAUGAUGGAUUCCAUUGACUCGGAGCCAAUAACAUGGAUCGAUGCAGACCAUAGUCGCCCUACACCGGUGCACGCGGUGAUCACUACUGAACCCUCUAGGAUGGGGGUAAAAUACAACUGA